GACAAAGGUGGAAAGUCUCUUGCCCUUUCUCCAUUAUCAAUUUUUACCUUUUGUACCAAAUUUAUAUCUGCAUCACACCUCCCUCACACCUCUCUCGCUUAAUCAUUAUCUUACUUAUCUAUCGAUCAAAUCAAUCUUACUUACAUUAUCUAUCGGACCUUAAUUCUAACUUUAGCUACCCUACUUAGUUUCAAUCAAUGUCUAUUCGUUUUAUUUGGACCGUUGCAUAUUCUACCACCGUUACGAGGUUCUUAUCGACUGACACCUCUAUUGGAUUUAUCACACGAUCCAACGUACCGGGUGCGACGUCGUAUUCUUGCGGCUGAAUUGAUAUGAUUCACUCAUUUUCUAAUCUUUGAGCCGAAUUCCAUUGCGCGCUUUCUGAAAAUACCGAUAGAAAGCUAUUGGAUCAAUUCUACAAAUAUAAUUCAUUUAAUCAAAUCAUCGUUGGGCACCAAUACUCGGCAAGAUCGGACGAGAUAUUCGCUGAAUAGACAAAGCCAUGGCAUCCGAAGCUGGGCCUUCGAGGUUGUCCUCUCUUCCUCCUCUCGAUAUCCCGAAACAGUCCGAUGUCGUGUCAAGACCUAGAGCGAAUUCCAAAUCUAAGCCAAGAUCUGCUGUCGACCCUGUCCUACGAAACGCGUUGAGAUAUACUAUAUCGGCUCGCGAAUACGAAACACUUCAUAAAUAUGUCUUAUCGCGAUCACGUCUAAUAAGGAAGAGAGUUCCGAGCGUGAAUACCGUCGAAAGGUAUAUGGAUGGCGAAAGUAAUAGGAGAGGAUCAAUAUCAGAAAAAGAUGGUGGUAAAGGCAAGGGAAAGGAGAGAGCGGCAAACGGAAGUCCUGAUAGGGGAGAUACCUACAAUGCGCGUGCCAUUAGGGAUUCCUUACGCGUAUUUAUCGCGACAGGAUUAGGAAUGAGAGCAUAUGAGACAGUUAUGGCAAGAGUAAAGUCACAGAAAGAAGCUGCCGUACCUCAGAAAAAGCAGCCUUUCUACAAAUCCUCAGGUCUUCGUCUAUCGCUAUCAUUAUCCACAAUCCUAUUACUAUACCGUCUCCUAUUCCGAUUUCUGAGUCGAUUACGAGCUCUUCUACUUGACCCGUCCGCUGCACCUUUCCGCACGCGAAAUCCGAGGACUUCGCAGACACUUACAUCUCCCUACGCGCCGGCAGUGGGAGCCAGUCUCGCAGGUCUAGCUCUAGGCAUAUAUCCUUCCCAACAGCUACGCGUGACGGUGGCUAUCGCCGCUAUCUUCCGCGCACUCGAAUUUGGUUGGAACCUUUUUGAAGACGAGGGGUUAAUAUGGGGUUGGAAAGCCCGUGCAGGUGGGAAGGGACUCAUAAAACGAGAACGACCAUGGUGGUGGGGAAGUUGGAUGCUUCAACCCUUCGCAUGUGGACAGCUCUUACACGCCGCCCUUUUCGAUAAGGAAUCCUCUCCAGUCAGUUUCAUUGACUUUAUCUGGAAGAGCUCUACUACUUAUCUCCACAAUGCCCCGGAUAAUCUCCCCGCUGGUAUCAAGUGGCCUGAUGCAUGGGAGAUUGCCGAAAACUUGGCUCAGAUGGCCAAGCUCAAUUGGCCACCGUUCGUCUCACCGACCCUAUUUCCCGACCAACCUACCCUCCCCUCAUCACUCACCGCGAUUGCCCCUCUCACCGCACAAGCACAUCCCCUCAUCACAGCUCUUAGCUGCGCCACCCUACACCCCUCCGACCCAUCGUGUCUUCGCACUUACUUAACCUUCUGGGUCCGAUCGUUCCCGCGAAUGGGCCGUUUCUUCUUACUCUUCUACUCGGUUCUUAUGCUACCGCGAUACAAGAUGUUAUACAACUCGCCACUGUACCUUCUAAACCGCCUGAUAUCGAGAGUUCUCCGUAUGUCGACUUUCGCGACAGGUGCCAUCUCAACGGCCUGGGCUAGCAUAUGUUUCUUCCAGACAUGGCUACCGCGCACGUUCCUACCCACACAACGCUUCUUCCUAGGUGGAUUCUUAGCUGGAUUGUGGGCUUGGGUCGAGCGCAAGGAGGGUCGUGGUGUGUUCUUGUAUAGCGCGCGGACUAGCGUGGAUUCUCUGUGGAAGGUAGGUGUCAAGAGAAGAUGGUGGAGAGCCAUGAAGGGCGGUGAUGUGUGGGUGUUUGCGCUAGCGCUAGCGAUUACGGGCGCAGUGUAUGAGCGUGACGCAAGAGCUAUACGCGAGGGAAAUACGAGAAAGGGACUAAGUUGGGUGAGGGGCACAGGGUUCAAGGAUUGGGGCUUAGAGGAGGAUGUCGAUGUUGAUGGGGAAGAGGAAGAGGAGGAUGGUGUUAAAGAGGAAUGAAAUCUAGGAAAGAAGCAUAAGAGUAAUGGAAUAAGAGAAAGGAAGGCGUAGGAUUUGUGUUAAUGGCGGGGGUAGGGAAAGGAGUUGAAGGCAAAAGAUGGAAUUUAGACAAGGGUCUUCCAGGAUGGAUGGCAUUUUACGAAUGACGAUGGGACGUGAUGCAUGAAUACUUCGGCUUAUACCUUGAAUUGGUUAUUUGGCUGGUAUAUAUUAUAUCAUAUUGUUAAUAUUUGAACGUAUAUAAUUAUUGAUCUUUCACGGGAAGUUCUUGGGGAGUUGAUGCUUAGUGGGGUGAGUCGAUAUAGUAAUUUGAUCGGGCGUGGAAACGAUAUCUAGCACAAGUUUCGGGGAUAACUAUCUACGUAAAUCGGGUCGCGUAUGAUUCAUUAUUUUAUUCCAUUAAAAUCAAACUGGAAUUGGUUUGAUUUAUCCUAUAAGAUUAAAUAUAUACAGACACAGC